AAGAAGAUCUGGUGGGAUCAUUCAGGGCUGCUGCUUUAAACACACUGACAUCUGCUGGCCACGCUGGAGAUACUACAACUACAGGUAACGUGUCUCCUGGACCAUAAAAAAUGGCACAUUUUUAUGGUUUGACUUGAAUUUGACAAAAUUAAGAAAAAAGAAAAAAAAAGAAUAGUGGUAGUUUUCAAACCAGUUACAUAAUUGUAAACCCAUUUCCAUGCAUGAGAGUGUGGCUGAGUGUUGUGCCAAAGUGCACCACCUGUUUUAGGCAGUCAGAGGCUGAGUGAAUUGGAACUGCAGCUGAAACAAAUUAAAGGCAACAGACGGCAGCAUGAUUUAGUUUUAGGGAAUGAACAGUUCAGUAUACACGCUGUAAACUCAGCAAUGACAGACAGAAAAUCAACCUCGUGUGCUGUUACAGGAGUGAAAUGUGAUACUGAGCACAGGAAAGUGAGUGACCAACAAGAGGAGGAAAAGCACACAUGUGCAACAGGAGAUACAAAGAGGACGUGGAAGAUCCCGUCCCUCCAGGAGCUGGAAGAAGUUUUGCAUUCAGCUUCACGCUCCUGUCGCCAUGGAGAUGAGGUGUGGCCGAAUCUGUAUCUGGGUGACAUGUUUAUGUCUCAUGACAAGUUUGGCCUGUACCAGCUGGGCAUCACUCAUGUGCUGAACGCCUCGCAUGGUAAACUCUGCUGUAAGGGCAGCGAUGAUUUCUACGGAACCACAGUUAAAUACUACGGAGUCCCCGCCAAUGACCUGCCUACAUUUGACCUUUCACCUUUCUUCUACCCCGCUGCUGAGUUUAUUCACCAGGCUUUGACGUCAGGAGGGAAGGUUCUUGUGCACUGUGCUGUGGGUGUGAGCCGGUCAGCUGCUUUGGUCUUAGCCUAUCUGAUGAUUCAUCAUCGCCUCAGCCUUCUGUCCUCUGUACACUGUGUGCAACAAAAGCGCUGGAUUUUCCCUAACCGUGGCUUCCUGCGACAGCUUAUAGGAUUAGACCGAAAACUGCAGGAUGAAGCAUUAAAUGGAUCAAAAUAGCACUAACUAAGGAGCAAUCCUGCAUAAUGAAUCCAUACGAGUGUUCUCAUUUAGUUGACAAAAGUUACCCACCUUCAUUUGUACCCUUUACUGUAUGCAUAAACUAAUGUGUCCACCUUCCCUUGCUAUGACCUCAGUGGAGACCCUGUCUUUACCCUUGGGCCCUUUGGCAUCAAUGAACAGGCUAAUCAAUGGGACAACAACAUUAAAUAACUCUACAUCCAGUCACAGAGAACACACUGGACACAGAGAGCUAAUUUUGGAGCCAAGCAACGUUCAAGCAGCCACCUGCUCUUGCCUCUCACUGAGCUGCAGAUUCUGGCGGUGAAGGGACGGAGGCGGCGGCAGCAGCAGCAGCAGCAGCAGCAGCAGAAGCAGAGCGAGAGGGUCUGCUGAAGGAGCACAGUGUGACCGGGGGAGAAUGUCAGGGAGCAAGCAGCUACAGGACCUGGCACUCAUUAAAGAACUGGAGCUCAUCUUGGACUCCUGCACUCUGGAGCUCACACCGGUGGAUGAAGUCUGGCCCAACC